AUGUCUCUCGUACUCCCCGGUCAGCCCCUCCCAGCAGCCUUCAACACCACCCCUUUGCCAUCCUGCGGCGUCGGAUGCUACGAGCAUGACGGCCGCAUUCUCGCCUCCGUCGUCGGCAGGCCAGUGCGCGAUGGUUCGACUGUUAGUGUUAUUGGGAAACACGACGCCGGCGCCGUGCCCGAUAUCGGUGCGAUUGUGACUGGCCAGGUCUCCCGCCUCUCCCCAACUCAAGCAACCAUCAUUAUUCAAAUCGUCAACGACCGCCCCGUCGCCGAGUCAACCGAAGAGACCACCGGCGUCGUGCGGGUCUCCGACAUCAGGUUGACGGAACGCGACAAGGUCCGUAUGGCCGAUUGCUUCCGUCUCGGUGACAUUGUCAAGGCAAAAGUCAUGUCCCUCGGUGAUGCGCGCAGCUACUACCUCUCCACAGCGGCGAACGAGCUUGGCGUGGUGUAUGCAACAUCCGAAGAUGGCAACCCCCUCUUGCCCAUUUCGUAUCAGGAGAUGGAGGAUCCAGUAACGGGGCGCACAGAGAAGCGCAAGGUCGCCAAGCCGGAGGGAGUGUAA